UGAAUGUUUCUAAUGGAAAGUCUGUGUCAUGGUCUGAACCAGGUGGAAGACAAGGUCCCAAGGGGGAACACAUGUGGCACAGACUCUCAGUGCAUGUGAAGAGCCAGGAGACAGGGUGCAAUCAGACAGCGGUAAUCAAACCCCUCACUAAAAGCUACCAUGGCCAAAGCAAGAGCCUGACUUUUACCGACAUCAGCAGUAAGACUCUGUACAAUGUGGUGGAGGAAGAAGAUAGAGAGCCUGUUCGCCUCAACCAGCCCGGCAGCCCCUCCAUGGUGGUGCACAGGCGGGUGGCGACGACCCCCCCACUGCAGGCUACGGCAGAGGAGACCCAGCUCUUCUUGCCGGAGCAGCCCCCCAAGACGCUGCCCCUGCAGCCGCGGUCUCUCAUGGACCAGCUGCAAGGAGUCGUCAACAAGUUUGCCACCGGCAUCCCCGAUUUCAACGCUGUCCUCCCCGCGCCCGGCUUGGGGAAUGGCGUGCGGCCCCCCUACCAGCCACCGCAGCAGCCACCCCUGCCGCCUGUCCAGGUGGCUGCCUUCAGCGAGGAGACCCUGUCUCCCCCAGCUGAGGAAGCAGAGAGCGAGAAGCUGAAGCUCAUUCAGGGAUAUGUCUAUGAGAAGAACCCAGAGGAGGAGGAGGAGCCAGCAACCAGCAAGCUCACCCUGGAAGACUCUCCGGCGUUGACGCCCCCGUCCCCUUUCCGGGAUUCAGUGGCUUCAGGCAGCUCUGUGCCCAGCUCCCCUGUCUCGGAGUCAGUCCUCUGCACCCCCCCAGAUGUGACCUAUGCCUCUGUCAUCCUGAGGGAUUAUAAGCAAAGCUCGUCCACCCUGUAGACUCUGCAAGAGACAAGACAAGAAGGACUUUAGCAGAUGCCUGCUGGGAGGUCCUGGGGAGACAAGUCUCCUGGGGCUGGGCGGAGAGAGAGCAGAGAACAAAGUCACAUAUGACAGGGCAAAAACUUCAUCCUGCACUUAAAUAAACCAAUAAAAGGAAAGAAAAAGAAAAAAAAAAUCCAUUCUGAGGGCUCAAAAUUCUCUAGCUGUUAAAAAUAAAAAUAUUGUACUUUGAGAAAAUGUUAGGAAACCAUAACAAAGCACAAACCCAAGAGACAACUUCUAUAGCAAAAAAAUGA